AAAAAAGUUAAAGCCAAAAAAACAUGGAAGCAAAUUGAGCUACGACUCGUGAGUGCAACAUAAAAAUCGAUUUUUACUCGUGAAAAAGCUAAAGGAAACAAGUUUUGCCGGUAAAAAACGUAUCCCGAAUCAUCAUGGAACGUUUUGCAAUUAAUAUUUUACACAAGCGGAUCUACAAAAUCUGUCGGUUGUGCGGUGUGGAUAAUCCAAACAAGAUUCCUAUCGUCGAUGAAAACGAAACCAUCAUAGUAGGCGAGGACGACGAAGCGUCGUUAGCGAAAAAAAUCGAGGAAUGUGUUGGUAUACAGGUCACUAAGGACGACAAAAUGCCUCAAAAUGUUUGCUCCUUAUGCGUCGACAAGAUCAACGACUUCUACGAAUAUCGAUUGAUGUGCGCAGCUACGAAUUUGCAAACAAGAACGAUUUUGAACUUGAAUUUAGUGGAGCCGUCUAAAAAAUUGAUAAUGUUCGGUGUAGAAUCGAAACCGGAUGACAAAGCAAAAGUGGAGGUAAAAGAGGAAGAAGAUAAAAAGGAACUGCCCAGUACGAGUAAUAUUGCAGCUACGAGUCCCAGCAAGAAAGGUCGCAAGAAGCGUGGUCCCCCAUCUCCAUCUCCCUCUCCAGUUCCUGUCACAAGAGUUAAAGCAUCAGUAGAGCUUGUGAAGGAUGAACCGGUUCCCUCUACGCCAGUGAAGGCUUUGACUAAAAAAGAGCGUCUCAAACAAAUGCAGCAACAACAAGAACAACAAAAACAGGAGAAAACAAAACUUAAACCUUCACAAAGUGAAAAACCGGAUAAACAUUCAAAGAACAAAGUCACUUUCAUGGAAAAAAUCGAAGAAAUUCCAACUGAACCUAAAAGUACUCGGUCAAAGCGCAAAGAACCGUCUCCUGCGAAAGAGUUAGAAAAACCUUCCAGUACUAAGGAUUUAGCUGUUCCUCCGCCUAAGAAAAUUAAAUUUGAGCAUCCAUGUUCUUUCUGUACGGAUGAAUUUAAAUCCCAAGUUGAGCUAGAUACUCAUUUAGGCCAAAAGCAUACACCCUCAGUACGUAAAUAUGGUUGCGGAUCGUGUAGAGAAACCUUCGAUACUAUUCUUGAAUUCAAAGAUCACAAUCUCUGGCAUCAAUUGACCCGAACAGUUUACACUUGUUUCAAAUGCAAACGAAAGUAUGAUAAAAAUAUUGCACUAGUCAAACACAUGACUUUGAAUUCAUGUGGCAGAACAGCACGUGGUAGGCCACCAACUCUGCUGCCCGAUGUUCAGUGUCGCUCGUGUCACAAAAAAUUUAAAACUCAAAAUCUCUAUGAAUGGCAUAGCUGUUUUCUCAAACCUAAAACAAAGUGUCCAAAGUGCAGCAAAUACUUUGUCAAAAGGCAAAUUCUGACUCGUCAUUAUAUUAUGUACUGCACCGGAACCCUACCACCACCGGAACCUGUUAUCAUUCCGAAAGAGGAACCAAUCGAUGCCAGUGAGCAUGCUUCGAAUGCAGCUCCUGUAUCGACUGUUCCUCAAGACCGAAGAACACGACGAAGCGCUCCGGUUGAACCGGAAUUGCCGAAAGAAGAACGUGAAAUUCCUUUCCCGCCACCACUAGAACUUGCUCUACAACAGGCUCCCGAAUCAUCUCAUCCACAGCAAACUUCACACUCUAAAAAGAAAUCGACGAGAAAGCUGCCGACAUCUGCAGCUAAAAUUGAUACGCCCGCAAAUAACGCCUCAAAACAAGAACCAAGAUUGGUGACGGCGAAAAUUAAUUCGUUGUUAGAUACGGGAUCCAAACUUGACAAAGACACUGAUAUUGCAACCAUUAACAAUCUUCUAACCUCUGUUACACAGGCCAUUGCUAGCAUUUCAGAAGCUAAGGCAAAAAAGAAGGAAAAGAAGAAAAAGAAAGAUAAGAGUAAAGGAAAACGCUCAGAGGAAGAUAUUAACAAAGAAGAUACGGAUAUUACAGAAACCCCUCCUCCGCUUCAAGAAACGCCGACUCCGGUGGACGAUCGAACGGAUGAAGAACGUCAAGCAGAAGCUAUUGCUUUAGAGGUGGGAGAAAUGUCGUUGAGUCAACAACUUGCGUUCUGUUCUGGUAAACAGCCAGUAUUGGUACUACCGAAGACAACUUUCAAACAAGAAUGCAGUGAGAUCGAUACCGAGCCAUCCCAGCUACAAGGGAUGCCAGAGAAUGGUGAAGAAGCAGAAGAGUUCGAUGCGUCACCUGCAGAUGAUUACUCUGGAUUUCAAAACGAUGACGAUGUCGAUAAUAACGGUGACGAUGAUGGACAGAAACAAACAAAUGCUUCUAUGAACCAGGAACAAGAAGCAGAAGAAGAGGAAGAGGAGGAAGAAGAUGAUUUCCCAAUGCCAAUAAAACAGGAAAUUGAAGAACCACAGCCAGUCGAAGAACCACAGCCAGUUGAAGAACCACCGAACAGAACAAAAAUUGCGGAUAAAGAAUCUCUGUUUGAUGUCAACCUAGCUGCAAACAUCAAGAAAGAACCUAAUUUAGAUGAUGAAACAUCAACGGUAAGAUCAGGUAAACGAAAACGGCCAGAAUCACGUACUUCUGCAUAUUCGCCUGUGCUUGCGGUCGGAUCGUCAAGAGAAACCAUUCAAGAUUCGCCCAAACCAACAUUGAUACUAAAAAUCAAAAAGGAAAAAGGCUUACUGGCUGUAGAACCAACGUGCGAAAGUUCUGAUAAUUCCGUUCAACAAACUGAAUCUGUUGAAUCGGAUUCACAACGUUUAUAUAAAAAACCAAGCGUUCUUUCUAUCAAAAUCAAAGAAGAAAAGUUAGAUCCUGAGUAUGACCGUCAAGAACAAGUUAUUACUCAGCUCCCUGCUGGUUUAAAAAUCAAACAGGAGCCAAUUGACCCGAUCGAGAAGAGAUCAAUACCAAUUGAUUCCCAAGAUGUAAACAAUGAUGAUGAUGAUGAUGAUGUGGUAAUGAUAGUUCCUUCUCGCAAAAAAUCGCGACCAGCAGAAACAUCAUCAGAUGUUAUUGCUUUCGAUGGAGUUCGAAUCAAACAGGAAAAAACAGAGUCAGCUAUUUCCGUUGCUCCUGUAACUUCAGAGGCAAACUCCAAAAACUCUGAGAAAAAAAAGAAAUCAAAAGGUAAAAUUAAUCCAUUUGCGUUGCUUAAACAACGAAUGGCUGCAGAAGCCGCAGCUAAGAACGCCCAGAAAUCAGAAACAUCUGUAAUGGCAGGCCCUGCACAGAACCCUUCUCCUUUACCAGUCAUCACAAAUGUGGUUGGCAAUGUAGCCACGACAUCGACGUCUUCGAAAGAACCUUCAUGUCCGGGAAGCCCUGGAGUAGUUAAAGAACAUUCAAAUAUUCCAAUUAUUACGCAAGUUGCAUCAAUAGCAUCAGGAAUCGAACCAUCAACGAAAGAAUCACAAAACAAAGUCUUCUUGGUAUCAAUCAAACAAGAAAUAGAGGAACCAGUAGCAGAUAUAAAACAAAUAAUUAAAAACGAUGCUGAAGAAGAACUUGGGUAUGAAAAAAAAAUAGACACGCAUGUUGAGUUAGAAACCGGAGAAUCAAUUUCAGAAAAAGAAGUUUCAACUCAACAAAUUCAUGACCAGAGAGAACUAACAACAGUAAAUGAGGAACGGGAAGCAUCUGUACCUGAAGUGGCAGAAGCCGAACGUGAACUAUCUAAUUCACCUCCUGAUGAAAAAUUAUCAGAGAAUGGAAAUCCAAAUGGAGAACUUAUCCAGAUGGACGGAGAACUACCUGUUGAACAAGGUGCUCGAGAAAACUCCGACGAUCUAAGUGAAUUUCCAGAUAACUCAGAAGGGACAAAAACCUGCAGAGAAGAUAAAAAUACGGACGAAACUACGGAUAAAAUAGAAGCCAAUACAAACAAUUCAGAAUGCCCAAAACAAGUAUAUAGUGCUGCAAAGGAUGACGAUAAAUUAGGAAAUAGAAUGUCUGAAAACAUGACGUUUCACAAUGUUGAGGUAAAUGAUGACAAAGGGCAUGAGAAGGCGCUCGAAAAACAUGAAUCAUUGCAAGACGACAACGUCCUGGAAUCAACAUCAAAUCAAAUGAUUGAGAAAGAUCAAGUACAAGUACAAGUGAAACAUAACGUUGAAAAGUUGGACGUGACAGAGGGUGGUUGGCAAGAACAUUCACAACCAAACUUACAGUCAGAAAAUAUAAGCGAAAAUCAUCCGGAAAAUUCAACGUCACCCAUUUCAGAUGCUCCUAGCGAAAAUUAUUAUGACGAGUCGCAAAGUCAAUUGAAUGUACUCCAGCUUGAAAAACCUGUGGACGAAGAUGAACUGAAAUUUCAACUCAAAGGAAAUAUCAGAGUAUCAGAAAAAAACAGUGAGAUAGAACAUCCAAUGCAAUCAGAAAACAUAAAUCUCAGGCCUGACAAAACACAAGCCACGCAAGAUGUCGAUUCAUCGCAAAAUGAGCCAUGUAGUAGUAGCACUAUUCUAGUUAAUACGACUAAAGAAAUAGCUGUCGAACAACUCCCACCAGAUAUUUCAUGUCAGGCUGAUUUUGACGUACUUGAAACAUUUCUGAAAAAAGACGUGGAAAUUUCACACGACAGCGAUCCAACGCCGAAAACAGAUUGUAAACAAAGUGAUGCUAUUCCGGAAGAAGAUUUAGAUAGUUUGCUGAACAAUAAGUUAGAGGAGAUAUCUGAUCAGCUAAAAUGUCCUGCACCAUCGAGUUAUGGUCAACCCGCCGAAAGCAGUAGACUACAAUCAGAUAAAUUGAAUCUGAAUAUCGAACGGGAACUAAUGCAUGAGAUAGUACCAAUAGCAGAACAACAGUCGCUGGAACCGACCGCUGAUUUGCCAAUGAGUAAUAUUAAUAGGAAUAAUGAUAUUUUAGGAGAUGACAGCAUGUUAGAACUAGAACAAGAUCUGCCACUUCAAAUUGGAGGAAGUAAUGAGCAGUCGUAAAUCGGACAUUCAAGUUUCCAAUUUUAAACCUAAAAAGUAUCUUAUUUUCUUGGAAAACGAAAUCAUUUCUUUCCGGAAGAGUUGAAUAUUAAUUUGGCAAUAUCAUGAUGUAUCAGAUAUCAGAAAAUAGUGUGUAUCUUUGAUGCUUUCAGAUGUGAGUUUAAUAGUUGAACGAAAGAAAACGUUUUUAAAUCAUUUAAACACUACAAUAUUUAUCACCUAAAGCUGGAUUUGUACCUCAGAUGAAUGUAAACAUAAAUUAGUCCAGAACUCUAAUAAUCGAAAUAAUUUGUUUUUAUGCUUUCAGGAACAGAACAGGUAUACAGUAUACAGUAGUUGAAAAUAUUAGAAAUAUUUUUUUCUCAAUGCACUUUCAACUUUUCCAAAAUAGUUCAAAUCCAAAUUAUUCACGCUAUUUAAUGACUUCAAGAUUUUUCACGUUCAUUUGAGGUUAUUUAUCCUUUGGAUUUUCUAAUGCUCUCAAUAAUUUGUUAUUGUGAGUUAGAAUGAAUAACUAUUCAGCACUAUCUAUACAUCUGUGUUCAUGAAACUGCCAACUUUCAAUUAUUUUCUAGUAUUUCUGUUCAUCCUGAAAUGAAACUUGCAAUGAAAUGUAACUCAAAACAUAGAAUUCUUGAACAGAUUUUUUUGUCAUGUAAAAAAUAUUUAAAAAUAUAUCCAUGUGACUAUCCUACUCGCAGGUUUGAGUUGAUCUGUACUAAUGGGACUCUUAUGUGGCAUUUAAAACAACAUAUUUGAACGAGUGAAAUCGACAUUGCCAGCAAAAUGAAAAAAAGUAGUGCAGUGUAAAAGAUAAACUUUAAUAAAACAAUCAUAACUAGACAGUAAA